GUGUUCGACGAGAAACAACAACUAAUACUCUGGAGAUCCGGGACAGUGUCGCAUCAAACUAUAUAUACUUAUUUUAUACUACUUAAAGUAUAUGUACCCCAUGUACAUCAAUAGACUUUUUAAUAUGAAUAUUAAACACUGACCAGGAAUCGUGGUAAUCGUGGUAAAAAGUGGUAAUAAAUUAUAAUUUAUGAUUUGUGAAACCUUUUUUCUAUUGGUGAAAACUUGAUAGGGCCACGUGAACUCAAUGACCGACCCCUCUGGACUCCUUUCUCUUGUUUUCUUACAAACAUUGGGCCAGCUCAGUUUAGAGACAAAGGCCAGAUUGACUGACAGGACCAAAGUCAAUACAGACGAGGAAGAAGGAUGAGCAGCGAUGAAUGAAUGUUCAUGUUCUGAGACUUAUAAAAACAAAUAAAAUGAAGUGUAGCUGGGCAUGGUUGCACACCUUUACAACAAGUUGUGUUAGUAAUCAUUCAUGUCAUGCACUCUGCUACAAGCGGAUCCCAACCGAAUGCAUACAACUAAUGACUGUGCAAAAGCCAAACCUGAACAUUUUCUGAGAUUUAGAAGGAGUUUGAAUUUUCUCUCUAUGUCUGUGUGGGUUUUCUCUAUAGGUUCAGUUCUUCAAUUUUGUCCCACAGUCCAAAGACAUAGUAUUAGAAUAAGUGGAGAGACUGAAGUGACUGUAUGUGUGGCUCUGUGAUGGACUUCUGUGCAGUUACGUACAUACGCGCUGGGUUGGUUUUAAACGGCCGUGAUGCACGCAUGCCUGAAUGUGUGUUGCAGGAAUAGAGGAUGUGGUGCACGUGAGCCUAUACUGUGUACCCAAAGGUGAAGCCAGACAAGCUCUGCAGCAGAGUUUGGCCUCAGUUGGUAACCAGAAAUCUGCCUUUCUGUCCGUGCCUGUUUUUUUCUGUCUGUCUACAGCUAUAGAUUGUGUUGCUUAUUAUCACAGACAUGGAUUAUGUCAGACAACAGACCAGAGUUCUCUGGAGCACUAUCAAUGGAAACCGUCUUCUCUCUUGCUCUUGUCUUUCGUUUUAUUUAACAUUUGUUUUUGCUGUCCAGCAGAGGGCGCUGCUGGUUUUAACUUUUCCUCAACCUUGUUCACUAGUGGUGACGUUUCUGAAGACAUUUGGAAAAUAAUCUUAAAUAAAUGUGUGAAUAUGUUAGUGUUACUUUUAGCCGUCUUUAAAAAUAAAAAAAGGAAAAAAGAAAGAAACGUAAAGACGGAAUCAAACUUAAAACUAAGCUUUUAUUAUUAUUCAAUUCGUGUACGUAUUGUUGUUUACAUAUGUACAUACCUUUUCUCCUUAUAUUCUAAUAUUGUUACUUUGUUACAUGCUGUUUUCUGUCUUUCCUCACUGUGAUACGAGUAAAGGUUUAUCUUAUCUCUUAUCUCAAUAUAUCUCUUUAAACAGAAUAUGUCAUUUUCUGUCUGUAUCAACUGUCUCUUUACCCUUUCAGCCCUUGAAUAGGAUUUGCCCCUGCUGUAUAUAUAUAUCAUAGAAUUGUCCAUUAUUACAGCGCACCGCUGUGGUCAGGGCACCGGCGGGUGACCCCGGUGUACAGAUCGAGCGCACUGGACACCGCCCUCUACAAAAGCAAUUUUGCGCAAACAUAACUCCUGUCAGAGCCACGAACACCCGAACGGCGAAGGAAGCCAGCGGUUUAGCACAAGUAAUGCCAAUUUCUCUUAGUGUUAAGUGACACGUUACUAAGUUUUUCUAAGAUUUACGUUAAGUUAGUUCAACUGUGCAGCUGACGUCAACCUAUCGUCGGUUUAGCCGCAGAAGUUCCGUGAGACGCACUGCGCCUGUCCAAACAGCGGCUGUGAUGGCAGCUGCCAAGCCUCCAGGUCCCGCGGACUGCGUGACCCGGGUGGAGCUCAGCAUCUCCUGUGACAACCUGCUCGACAUGGACGUGUUCUCCAAGUCCGAUCCGCUGUGCGUGCUCUUCGUGAGCCACCCGGGCUCUCAGUGGAGCGAGGUCGGCCGGACGGAGAGGGUCAGCAACUGCCUCAACCCCACGUUCUCCAAGACGUUUGUGCUCGACUACUACUUCGAGAUGGUGCAGAAGCUGAAGUUUGACGUGUACGACAUUGACAGCGACAGCUGCAGCGUGAGAGACGCUGACUUCCUGGGAGAAAUGGAGUGCACCUUGGGACAGAUCGUGUCCUCCAGGAGACUCACCAAAGCGCUCGUCACGAAGGACAAGAGGCCCGCGGGCAACGGAACCAUCACGAUAUGUGCCGAGGAACGAACGGACAACAGGGUGGUGAUAUUUGAUGUUGCAGCUAGAAAACUGGACAAAAAGGAUUUCUUUGGCAAGUCUGACCCGUUCCUGGAAAUCUACAAGCAGACAGAAAGUGGAUGGCAGCUGGUUCACAGGACAGAGGUGGUGAAGAACAACCUGAACCCCAUGUGGAAACCGUUCCGUAUCGGACUACAGUCGCUGUGUGGCGGCGAUGUGGAGAAAAGUAUAAAGGUUGAGUGCUACGACCACAACAACAGCGGCUCCCACUCCUUCAUUGGCUCCUUUCAGACCACGCUCUCACAGAUACAGCAGGCUUCCGAGUCCUACGCGGCAGAGUUUGAGUGUAUCAACAGUAAAAAAAAGCAAAGCAAGAAAGGAUAUAAAAACUCUGGCGUCAUCGUCAUAAAACAGUUCAAGAUAGUGAAGGACUUCACUUUCCUGGAUUACAUAAUGGGCGGCUGUCAGAUUAACUUCACUAUCGCCAUUGACUUCACAGGCUCCAAUGGGGACCCCAGGUUUCCUCAGUCCCUUCACUACAUCAGCCCUCAGGGUUACAAUGAGUACCUGGCAGCUAUCUGGGCAGUGGGUAAUGUCAUCCAGGACUAUGACAGUGACAAGCAGUUUCCUGCUUUCGGUUUUGGGGCACAGAUCCCUCCUACAUGGCAGGUUUCCCAUGAGUUUCCCAUCAACUUCAACCCAUCAAAUCCAUUUUGUGCAGGCAUAGAGGGUGUGGUGUCUGCCUACCAGCAGUGUCUCCCCCAGGUAAAACUCUACGGCCCCACAAACUUCUCCCCAAUCAUCAACCACGUUGCCCACUUUGGCAGAGAAGCCCUGCAGCAGCAAACCGCAUCUCAAUACUUUGUUCUUCUCAUCAUCACCGACGGCGUCAUCACAGACAUGGAUCAGACUCGCAAUGCCAUCGUCAACGCCUCCCGUCUGCCCAUGUCCAUCAUCAUCGUCGGCGUAGGUGGCGCAGACUUCGAUGCCAUGGAGUUUCUGGAUGGAGAUGAUGGGGUUUUACACUCUGCCACAGGCGAGGCUGCCAUGCGGGACAUCGUGCAGUUUGUGCCUUUCAGGCAGUUCCAGAAUGCAGGGACUGCAGCGCUUGCCCAAAGCGUUCUGGCGGAGUUACCCGAACAAGUCGCCUCCUUCUUCAAUUUAUUUGGCCUGAAACCACCGUGUGAACCCAGUCCACAAUAAUGUAAAAGUUCAGCUGGAAGACAACAGUGAUCUUCUUUAAGUAUUAAUAUGAAACUAACACUGUGGCAUCACUCAAUCAUUUCAUUUAGCUUUAUAUUAUAUUUAAUAUUUUUAAUAUCAUUUAUAAUAUUUGCUGCCAUUUCUGCACUGACUUCAGGUGAGGGUUAGGCCUCUCUCACAGCCAGUUGGGUGCAGUCAUUUUUAGAGUUUCCGUUUGACGUCAUGUUUCCCAGAAUCUUCACACUGGAUCCCAGUGAAGUCCAUCUUACUAACAAAACUGACAAUCACAUGUACUGAGAGCAAGCAGCGAGAGCAACGAUUUAAUUCUACUUAAAACAUUUCACCAAACCAUCUAAGCCAGCUUUUAUUUUUUGAGUGCUUUUAAAAUCGAAGUAAUUCGAAGCACAUAAGGAUAUUAAGGAAUUAAAUUUUAAUGAACACAAAAGCCUGAAUACCAACAUAGUUAUAUAACCUUUAAUUACAGGUAUACAUAGAAGCUAUAUAUGUUGGAUACAUUUUUUUAAACAUUUUUUUUAAACAAAAAAAAAUCCUUAAACUUUAUGACUGUUUAAAUAAUAGGAAAGUCUGUUCAUGUUUACGUUUUCUAAAUUGUCUUACUUUAUUUACCUGAAAAAAUAAGAACAGUGUGAAACUGACAAUGAUGCCACUGUCAGUGUCAAAGUAUCUGCAGAUGUAUCGCAUCUGUGAUACUCGACUACUGUUAACCUCAGGAAGCGUUUGUACAGUAGCUCAGAUAGACAGGAAUGAAGGCAUUCAAAGACAGAAGCCAGCUGCCUUUCGUCAGGAAGCACUUGCAGCUUUCUUCACAUUUCUGCUACAGUAGUACCUCAUAUGGUUUACAAAGACUAAUGCAAACAAAGCUGAUAAAGGCCUUAUCUGUAUGUGGUGCUGUUUGCUUCUGCUUUGUUUCAACUACUCCCCAAGAUUCCUUAAAUGAUCAUGAAUAUUUGAUGACUGCACGUUCACUCUGCAGGCAAAACAAUGCCAUGUGGAUGCUGCUGUAAAACUUCAAGUUGGCCUAUACUGUAUAGUGUAUAAUAUGUAGUAGUAAUUAUUAUUAUACAGAAUAUUGUAAAAAGGUAACAUUUACACUAAUACACUGUACAAAUUCAUUAUGUCUUAAUUGGUAUUGUGGACGUUGAAUCAUGGCAUCUGGGCUCCUUUUCUUAUCAGGUCGGCUGGACACUCAUCCAGUUUGCUUUCACCUCACACAUGCAAAUAAGAGACUCGUUUAGACUCAGUGAAACAUUUCGACCUAAGAAGUAUGUCCAGAUGCUAUGAGUGAACGUCAGACAGUCAAGAGUGGAUCAUUGUGGCCUUGUCUUAUGUAUUCACUUGCCUUUUAAGAUGUUUUUUUAGUCAUCUGGAUUUUUUUAUCAAUGAUAUAAAGUGCAGGAACAUCCA